CUUGAGUCGUAAAGCAGUGUGGCGUGCCGAAUUGCGCUUUGAACGACAGGAACGGGCGGGAGCGUGCUACUUGACUAAAUUUAUCUUCUUGAACUGCAGUGUUGGAGUACAUUGGAAAUUAAUUUCGUCACGGAACUCUCAGCGCUGUGUCUAUCCCAAUGGCGACAGACAUUGUUUCGCAGUUGGCCGAGUCUUUGGCCAAAACUGGAGUUGAGGAGGGGGAGUUGAGUUAUAAAGGCCAGGGAAGAAAGCUCAAUGAUUCCCAAUCAGUCGAGGAGAUUGUGAAGGACAUUGAGGACUUUGAGGGUCUCCAGGCUCUGAGACUGGAGGGGAACACUGUCGGUGUGGAGGCAGCAAAAGCUAUCGCCAAGGCCCUCGAGACAAAGAGCCAGUUCAAGCGCUGUUACUGGAGUGACAUGUUUACUGGCCGCCUCCGCUCUGAGAUCCCACCUGCUCUGAAUUCACUGGGUGAUGCUCUGAUGCUGGCGGGUGCCAAGCUGACCGUUCUGGAUCUCAGUGACAAUGCCUUUGGACCAGAUGGGGUGAAGGGCAUCGAGAAGUUGCUGAAAAGCUCCGCUUGCUACACGCUGCAGGAACUGAGGCUCAACAACUGUGGCAUGGGCGUUGGAGGAGGGAAGAUAUUGGCUGCUUCACUGAUGGAAUGCCACAAAUCAAGUGAAAAAAGUACACCCCUCAGCCUGAAGGUGUUUGUGGCGGGGAGGAAUCGACUGGAGAACGACGGCGCCACAGCCCUCGCUCAAGCAUUCCAGUUGAUGGGCAGCCUGGAGGAGAUCCAUAUGCCCCAGAAUGGCAUCAAUCACCCUGGGGUAACCGCCCUGGCAAUGGCCGUGCAGCACAACCCAAACCUGCGAACCCUCAACCUCAAUGACAACACUUUCACGGAGAAGGGCGCCAUUGCCAUGGCUAAGGCACUGAAACAUUCGCGAAGCAUCCAGGUAAUAAACUUCGGCGACUGUUUAGUGCGUCCUGCUGGAGCCACCGCAAUCGCUGAAACUGUUUCAGAAGGACUGCCAAUCUUGAAGGAACUCAAUCUGUCAUUUGGCGAGAUAACGGAGGAAGCUGCUCUGGCUGUGGCCCACGCAGUCAAGGACAAGGACCAGCUGGAAAAACUGGAUUUAAAUGGUAACUACCUUGGAGAAGACGGCUGCAAGGCUUUGAAAGACUUAAUGGAAGGCAUGAACAUGGCCGAGCUCCUGGCAUCGCUCAGCGAUGAUGAGGGUGAACCGGAAGAUGAGGAUGAAGAUGAUGAGGAUGAAGAAGACGACGAAGAUGAUGAGGAGGUAGAUGAAGAGGAGGUUGAGGAGGAGGAAGAAGAGGACGACGACGAAGAGGAGGAGGAGGAGGAGGAUGAGCAGCAGGAGGAGGAGGAGGAAGAGGAAAACACUGGCAACAAGUUUUCCACACCUCCGUCAGCCCAGCGGCCGCCAGAUGUCUCGUCCUUCCUCAGCUUUCCGUCGCCAGACAAGCUGCUUAAGCUGGGAGCCAAAAGAGCAGCACUGAUUGAGCAGCAGGUGGAUGUGACAGAUGCUACAAAAACAGCUGAAGCCUUCCUCAAAAUUGCUUCCGUGUACAAGGAGGACAAUAAUGAAGUUAAGAACGCAGUCUUGGAAAGUGUUGAUGCCCUUCUGAAGAAAGCCUUUUCCUCAUCUUCCGUACAAGGCUACAACUUUGUGUCGUCUUUACUCGUGUUGUUGGGACUUAUUAAGAGUGAGGAGAAGGUGAAGCCUGUCCUGGUGGUAGCCGGUCAUCUGCAGGCCUUGGAGCACGCUGUUCGACAGGACUACUUCCCCAAGGAGAGCAUGGCCGUGCUGGAGGCCUUCAUGUCCCGGUAAGGGCGUGACAGAAUGAGCCAAUCAGCAGGCAGCUUCCAGCAACAACAAGGCUUUGGAGUCAUGUGGGACUUCUCGACACAAACUCCAGUCCACUUUGCAGAGAGUCCACGCUGAGAGCUGAGAGCUGUGGAUACACACACACACACACACACACACACAGCCAACUUAUCUUUUAUUGAUGGACCUUUUGGGAGUCAGCACACAUUUGCUAAAAUUUGAAACAUCCAAAGUUGAGCAGUACCAUACAGUCAUUGGCGGACUGCCUCGCUGGACCGGGAUGCUUGUUGAGGAUCUUAUUCAAAUGGCGUGAACCUUUAUGGACAUGCAGUCAUUUAAGUGCUUUGUGUUGCAUCAUACUGAGACCACCAUGCUAUUUGAACCUCUGGUGUUUUUAUAAUUAAAAAAAAAAAAAAAAAGUCAGGUGUCAUUCACCUGCUGAAAACACGACACUAUAUUGUACUGCAUACUUGAAUGCAAACUUAAUCAAGCCAGGGUUGGCUGUUGUACAUUUUUGUUUUCAGCGUUGAUUAAUGUAUUGCUUUUGCAUGUUUAUGAUGAAUAUUUACCAAGUGUGUCGUCAUCUGGUAAAUAUUAGGACAACAGGGAUGUAUUUUCUGCCUUAAAUGAGGCACAAGCUGUUUAUGGCUAUGCGUUGACAAAAUAAACUUGAGUAGCGUUCUUC